UUGGUUGUCGUACCUCGUAAUAGCGGCGACGAGAACCAGUCAACGCAGGUGAAAGCUGUCGCGCUCAUGGCGUGCCAGGUGCUCCAGUUUGACGAUGAAAGGACAAGUGGGCCUCCUACACCAUCUGGAUUGCAGCUUACUCCGAGGGGAACGCCAUAACCGACGAUGCCAAAAAAAUAGCUCUUCUUGUAUCCGGCCUGAGGUCAAGGACAAUCGAAGUGCUGAAUGGGCGCUGUGCACCAAGGAAGGAAUCCGGAUGCAAGCUGUCGGCCGGAGAUCCCGUGUGGGCACGAAACUUUGGGGAAGGCGAGCGGUGUUACCGGGAAUCGUAGCUACAACGACUGGGGCCCGGAUGGUGUCGGUGGACACGCCGCUGGGAGAAAUAUGGUGUCACACGGACCAGAUCCGUUCAAGGGAGCUGCCAGCACACCAAGCACCAGAGACAACCCAAGAAACGGCACCCGCUGUUCGUAAAGAUGCGGCUGAGGGUCCAACACCUGAGCAGCCAGCCGCGGGUAUCACGCAACAUCAAGAGUGGUGCAGAUCUACCAGAGAAAGAAAACCAGUAGUGCGGUAUUCCCCCUACGGGAAGAAAUGCUGUAUCAUCGGAAGCUGUGCAUCGUCAAACGAUGACAUACUUUGUGAUCAUAGUCCAGUUUAGUUAUCAUCGUUAUCUCUUCCGUUCUGUUCCGCACCCGAAGUAUCGGGCUGUUUAUAUAAGCGCGUGGCAGAUAAUAAAUGCUGUUCACAGCCUACCAUGUCUUGGCUGUCGAACGUCGUAAAAUGUGUAAUAUUCUGCUCGCCUGUUGAUAGAGUUUAUAUACAAUAUUGCGUUAAUCUAUUUACAUAGCGGCAGCAAAGGUUUGUCAGAGCAUUUGGUAUUUUGUAUUGGUACCGCAGACAUGGUGUAUUGUCUAAGCAAGGUGGAAUAAA